GUAAUGUUAUUUGAUAAGAAUUUAAUGGAAAAUUUCCAUCAAAAUACAAAGAACCAAUUCUUUGCUUUUGUGGGGAGAUUUGUUAUGCUCGUGUGAAAACACAAUAAUAACAUCUCUCUGUACUUUCAUUUGUCAAAAAGUACGUUAAAAUCUCAACAAACCAUUUUUAAAAAACGUUUUUUUUAUUUAUCAUACUCAACCAUAUAGCAACGAAUCCCUAUAAAAUAGUUCUUAUCUUUUUCUUAAAAAAACAAAACCUAGAUCACUUCUCUUAUAUAUACAGCACUGCGUAUCCAGUCAUUCUCAAAGCAAAAAAAAUCAUCAAGAAAAAGUAUAGUUUUCCCAAAAGUUAAACUACUAGUUUUUGUUUCUGUUAUCAUUACUUCAUGGCGUUUUUUCCAGUAGUCUCCAAUAGUUUUUGUCUAUCAUGAGUUUUUAUUUCUGUAUUUUAUAUGUUUAUAAUCACUUACGUGUGUAUAUAUCAUAUAAUCUGAUUUUAUAUGAAUGUGAAAGAUGACUAAUAAAAGUAUAUUAUUUCUGUAUUAGGAUGGAAACUGGAGAACCGUCACUACCAAAAAAAGCUAGAGCUGGAUAUCUGCAAUGGACAUCUCAAGAGAGUCAAUUGUUGAUGCGCCUUCUAGUUGAUGGUAUCAGGCGGGGAUGGCGUGAUUCAAAUGGCUCCAUGACCAAAACAACAGUCGAGGCGAAGAUAUUACCGGUUCUAAACAAACAGCUUCGAUGCAAUAAGAGUUACAAGCAUUACACAAAUCGAAUGAAAUCUUUGAGAAAAGAAUAUAAUGGUUAUGCUGAGCUUUUGCGAUGUAGCUCUGGUUUUGGCUGGGACCCUAUCACAAAACGAUUCACAGCUCCAGAUGAAGUAUGGAAAGAAUAUUUUAAGGGACAUCCAAACUCUGAAAAUAUGCGGGACAACACUUUUGAAGAUUUUGAAGACUUACAAAUCAUUUUUGAAAGUGCUACAGCAAGGGGAAACAACUCAUUUGGACUCGGUGAUGAUGCAAAUGCUGAAGCUUUUGAAGUUGAGAAUGAUUUUCAAGAAAAAGAAGAUGAGAUUCAUACAGAGAAUGUCAUUGAAACCAAUGAAACCACACGUAGAGCUUCUAAAGAAAAGUUGCCUUCUAGGAAGAGAGCGAAACCCAAUGGUGAUGGAGAUGCAUCAGGGUCAAUUAAUCCUGGUGAUCGUUCUGAAAAGGUGCUAACUGAAAUGAUUGGAGUGAGCACUAAUAUCAUGAACCUUAUGCAACAAAGAGAAGAAAGACAUCAAAAAGAAGCUGAAGAAAAAGAAGCUGAAAAGAGAAAGAAUAAUGUAUGGGAUGCAAUCAAAGAGAUUCCUGACUUGGAACAGGAUAUAUGCUAUGAUGCAGUAACUAAAAUUCAUACGUUGAAUAUGAAAGACGUAUUUCUUAGGAUGAAAGUUGAAGAACGCUUGGGUUGGAUCCGACGUAAUGUUUAG